AUGACAUUUGAAGAAUUCAAUCAGAAGGUCUUAGAAAAAUUCGACAUUUCCCUUCAUGUGAUGAGGAUGCACUACACCCUCAAGUUUAACCCUAGAGUCAUCCAAGAUUUAGAAGAUGAGGAUGACUUGGAUAACGUGGUUUCCCACAGUGAUGACUUUGCAAAUGUGUACAUAGUCGAGUCACCCGGUGUGGAAGCCAUAGAGGCAAAUAUACCAAAUACACAGUUGGCACUUGGAGGUCCACAUCCUACGUUUCCUUCGUCUAAUGCAUCAUGCGAUGCAAAUCCUAAUACUAUGAUGUUAUCAAGAGGUUUUGCAUCGCGUUGUGCAGAUACUGAGUACACCCUUUUGGAAUCGAAUCGGUUUCGUGAGGCAAUAUUAGGUUCCAGACAUACAUUUAAGAAUGCAGAUGAGUUUCGGAAUGCAAUAUACCAAAUGUCAUUAGCUGGAAGGUUUCAAUACAAGUACAAGAAAAAUUCACCUACACAUAUGUCAAGAGGUGUUGUUGUUGUUGAAGACGUGUUUAGAACAACUCCAGAAUACCUUCCUCGACAAAUUUGCAAGGAUUUUGAACGUGAUCAUGGAGUUCAAUUGACUUAUAACCAAGCAUGGCAUCUUAAAGAGAAGACAAAAGAGCGUGUAUAUGGAUCUCCACGUGCGUCCUACGCGUAUUUGCCUUGGUUAUGCCAUAGGCUAAGGGAAAUUAACCCUGGAACUAUUGCCGAGUACACUUCUCAUGAAGGUCACUUCAAGCAAUUGUUCAUUGCCCACGCAUUUUCAAUUCAAGGGUUCACCAUGGGGUGUCGACCGGUAUUGGCUAUUGAUUCUUACCACCUAAGUGGUCCAUACAAAGAAGCUCUUUUGUCUGCCAUUGCAUAUGAUGCAGAUGAUGGAAUGUUCCUUCUAGCCUUGGGUGUGGUUGGUUCAGAAAAUUAUGAGGAUUGGUAUUGGUUCUUGGAGAAAUUGAAGGGGAUCCUAGAUGGUCAAGAAGUAAUUAUUAUAUCAGAUAGACAUCAAGGGAUAUUGCAUAGUGUUUCGGAGUUGUUUGGGGUAGAAAAUCACGCCUAUUGUUAUCGACAUGUGAAAGAGAACUUUUCAAGCUUCUUCAACAGGCAAAACAUUAGGGGAAAGAAAGGGAAAGAAGAUGCUUUGUUGCUUUUAGACAACAUUGCAUAUGCUCGGUUGGAUAUAGACUACAAUGAGGCGUUUGAAAAACUUGUGCGUUUUAAUGGCGACCUAGCAAGGUGGGUUGCGGAGAAUAGUCCGGAGCAUUGGGCGAUGUCAAAGUUCCUUAAAAAACGUUGGGAUAAAAUGACAACUAAUAUUGCAGAGUCCUUCAAUGCGUGGUUAAGAGAGGAACGCCACCAAACAAUUUAUACGUUGCUGAUGAUGCACAUGGAUAAGCUUGUAGCCAUGUUGGACACCCAUAUGCGUGGUACAGAUAAGUGGAAGAGCGUGGUUGGACCCAAAACAGAGGAAAACCUAAUGUCAAAUAUCAUGAGAUCUGCUCCGAUUACUGUGAUGCCUUAUUUGGGUGAGACGUUCAAGGUUUUUACUGGAGAAGUUUAUUUGGUUGUGGAUAUGCAGCAACAUAAGUGUACAUGUCUAACAUGGCAAAUGUCCGGGUUGCCAUGUCCACAUGUAUGUGCUAUGAUCCGUACAUUGAGACACGAUGUGUAUGACUAUAUCGACCCAUGUUUUAAAGUCUCCACCCAACAGUUGAUUUACUCGGGUCAGUUUCAACCAUUACCAACACACAACAUGCCUAAAGUUUGUGAGGCUGGGACUUUGCAAGAUGGGCAAGGCAACGUAUUUCCUAGUCUCCAACCCCCGCAAGUGAGACGUCCUCCAGGAAGACCCCGACAAAGGCGUAUUGAGUCACAAUUUAGCCAUAAGAGAGCUAUUCAUUGCUCUCGAUGCAAUGGCAUAGGUCACAAUCGGUCUAAAUGUAAUAAUCCAUUGCCGUGA